AUGGCUGUCUCCUCCGGGCACCUUAGCAGAUUAGCUGCCCAGCCCGCCGCGCGCGCGCGCGAGCUCCCCACACGGCCUCCUGCUAGCGUGGAGGCCUUGCAGGACCGCGUCGCUGGUUUCGCACUUUGCUUCUUCCCAGCGAUCCAUGGUCCUCUAUGCAUCGAAUUCGCUCUCGUGUCAUCAAAGGCGCACGCUCCGCCUUCCUUCAUCCCACCCCUGCCAUCCGCCUCAAUCCAUCUCGAGAACACUCAGUACUAUGGCUAG